UAUGAACUUAAUAAAGAAUUCAAUUGAGAGACCUUUCCUCCCAGAAAACCGUCAAAAAUGAGACCGCGGAUAGCGAGAAUUUUCUUGGGAGCGGCUUUAUUUGUUGUUUUAAGUGAAAUCGCCGCUAGGCCAGCGGACGAACGGGAUUCCAAUGCACAAAAGCUGAAAGAAAGAAGGGGGAAGACACAACAAGAUGGACUAAAAUGGAAACAAACAAAGCUUGAAUUACGCGACUCUUCAAAAGGGCAACACAGAAAAACACGGGUCAAUAAGUCACUGAAGAAAAAGCAGACUCCUUCGCCUUUGAAAGAUGAGAACAGAGAGAGAAAAAGACAGUUUAUAAUGCGCCCUUCACAUGCUUUCGGUCACUCGUAUAUGUUUAUGCGUCCGCCACCCAUGACCCAGAGAACAAUCGUAACAACUCGUAUACCCAGACCUCCCAUGCCAAUACCAUAUAAUCCGUUUUUUGGUCGAGGAUUCUUCGGUGGAAUGCACCAUCUGCAUAACCCUUUUUACGAUGCAAUGGCACAAAUGUAUGGUGAAGAGGAUGAAGAAGAUGAAGGUAUGUUUGAUAUUUACUGUGUUCAUUAGUUUCGCCCCCUCGGCUGCUCGCAUGAGGAUCCAUCAAUCGUGAAACCAGUUAAAGGUGGCAGUCAUAGUGACACCUACGAUCAUCAGUCUAAAUAGCACGGUAAAGUUAAUUGGCAAUAUUUGAAGAAGAAUUUCGGAAGUUUACAAAAUUCGUCAUUGAUUUUGGCCAUACAACAUAUAAGAACAAAAACGAAAGAAAUCACACCAAAUAGACCCAUGUAACCACUUUUGAGUGAAUAAACUGAACUUUUAGUAAAUGAAAUUUAUUCUCUUCGAAGGUCGUUUGUCAGAAGUCACAUCAGGUCGGCCUUUCUAUAAAAUUCUGUAUUGUCCUGCUAGAGCGUAAAAGCGAAUGUUAUUCAGGUCAAAGAGUCAGCUUUUUACUUGUAGUACUUAUCAUCUGCAAAUUUUGUAGGAAGAAGUAGAGAACGUUUGGUGGUGUGACAAAAUGAAAAAAACAAAUCCCACCUACAAUGACAUGAAAGAAUGAAAUCACUUGCACUUACACAAUCAACCCCCUGCAACUUUAUAUGGCGACGAUCCAAUGAGACCGAGCAGAGAUCGCGCCUAAUUGUCUCAAUGACAGACGUAAGAUUGUCUUCUUGUACGAGUUAAGCAUUCGGACAGAAUUACAGAUAGAUAAAACUACAGCUCUCACGUGAUAACACACUAUCUUACGCCAGAGUAGAGAAUUAAAAACAGCUUUCAGAUGAAAAUCCUGUCGUUUUGUUUUCUUUUUCCUUUAUUCUUCUCUUUGAUUGAUUUUGGCUGUAAACAAUUCAGAUUCUAAAUUGUUUGUUUGAUUGUUUGUUUCGACGCGCUAGCAAUUGAUUUCGUUUGUUCAAUGUUUGCUUAAGUGGUCUGUAUUGUUCAUGAGUGAUGAGAACACAGACUACUCUAUUUUUAAUUUUUUAUUUUUUAAUUCAAAUUUGCAGAGACUAAAAGCAGUAGAAAGUAUUGAGCAGUAGCCUUAUUCAUCCUCUAGCUACAAUUAGAAAUAGUAAAUUCAGCUGACUUGUAUUUUAACAGAACGUCACUGCAAUCCAAAUCCGUGCCAGAAUGGUGCCACAUGUAACGAGGUCAAGGACGGUUAUGAAUGUAUGUGCACUCCUGGUUUCAAAGGAACUGAUUGCGAAGGUAUGCAUUUUUUUUCUUUUGAUGCAAGAUUUUACACGGCGUUGUUGCCAUGCCCAUAAGUAUAAAACAUCUUUACUUUGUUCUGUCAGCCUUUUUCAUUAUCGUUGAAUCGGGCUGACAAUUUUGUAGUUUAGUUAAACAAAGUCGUGACAAAAUCUUAUUACAAAUUUGUGGCUUCUGUUUCAUUAAGUUUAAGCUAGAAUCACUCUAAAUGCUUUAUUGAUUAAGGUACACAAUGCUUAAGGGUAACUUUUUAUCUGUUAUCCUAGAGGAGAACAAGUGUCACCCGAAUCCUUGUCGCAAUGGCGGAAUCUGCACAGAAGCCAAUGGUGCUUACAUUUGUACAUGUAUGGAAGGAUACAAGGGAAUGAACUGCGAAGGUGCGAUUCACUCUUAGAUUGGUUCUUACAUGCGAUUAUUUAUUCUUUCUUUUAUUUAACUCAUUCUUGUAAAAUGAAUUAGGGUUCGACAACAAGCGGAAUCGCUGGCUCUUUGUACAAAUUCUCCGAUUCAAUCCACAUGGAUCUCUGGGCUCCAUUUUUUUUCAAUGUCUACUCGCACGGUACGCUGAUAUGAAGUGAGAGUACUCAGAACUUAUCCUGGGGAUUCGAAAUGAUAUAGCUUGCAAAUCCAUAAAGCAGUUGACCACUUUCAGUAUUACCGUGUCAUGCGAACAAAAAAAUUCCUCAAAAUAAUUUCUUUCUGUCCUCUUACCCGCUUUCGAUAUGUAAACAUGUGCCCAAGAGUUUUACGUCACGUGUAAGAGGUGCUUCCGUCACUAAAUUGAUUUAAGGAAUUCGGGAUUAAGAUCAGAUUUAAGGUUCAUUUUAUUUGAUCUUCAGUGCAGAAUCUAUUCCAAAGGAAUGACCUUACCAGCUUAAAGACUAAUUUUUUGAUAGAGCAUCUUAUCGCCUCUGACAGCCAACCUGAUGUUUACUAAGCGGUCAUUCCCCAACAUGAUUUGAUCAUAAAUUGCAAAGGAAAACUGAAACCAGAAUAAGUCACUCAAAACUUUAUUUCAUCUGCUUACGAAUGUUGUAUCACCUCAAUUUAUCAUAGAGAAAAAUAAAUGUCAGCCAAAUCCAUGUAGAAAUGGCGGCACGUGCACCGAAAUGGAUGAUGGAUUCGAAUGUUCGUGUCCAGCGGAGUACAAAGGACCUACAUGUCAAGGUAAAUAGGAUUAUCUAUUGUCAGUAACUAAAUAAGCAUCCUAUAAGAGACUAAAUAAGAUUAACAUUAUUUUAUUUUGGAAAACUUUUUCGAGAAUGUAAUGCAGAAAUUCUGUAUUUCACCUUAUUUUACAAAUAGAUUUCAGAUUACCGUGCGUUGGCUCAAUAUGUGACGAGUACAAUAAAGUGGCGCAAGAGCGCAGCCGAGCGCGUCACUGAUGUUCUUGCCACAUUUUGACGUCUCCCGUGAUCUAUUACUGUACAGACCCAUGGCAAUAUUCAUAUAUUUGUUUCAUAUAAUUAAAAAGCAAAGUGUUCCUCAUGAUGACGUCACCUGCGCGUCUGUCCUCUAAUAACUCAUAACUAAGAACCAAUCAAAAGGUGCGUAUAAUUCAGCUAAUGUAAAACCUAUUGAAGCAUUCAACAAUAACAAAAUAGGAACUACAUAUUUUUCGGGAAUGUGUUCGUGGGAAAUAUAGCAUUUUCCCUCGAGGUAAGACUAAGUCAAAUUUAGACAGUUGCACUUGCUUCCUUGGUAAUCUUAAGAUUACGCUUUAGGGAGAAGUUCCUGUUUAGGAAAAUUUUAAUCUGUUUUCUGCUAAUCUUUUACAGUGGAGAAUCUUUGCUUCCUAAACCCAUGUCUGAAUGGAGGAACAUGUAUGGAGGUUAUGGGGUCUCACAGUUGCCUGUGUAUGGAGGGAUUCAGCGGAGCCGCUUGUGAAAGUAAGUAACGUUAUUCAUUACUAAGCGAAAUCUCUACACUGAAUCCGUCGAAUCUAUCCGUUGUCUCGAAUGUUAAAAAAGCACCGUGUUCCCGUUUCAAAUUCAUUCUUUCAGUUGAAAGCAAAUGUCGAAGCAAUCCGUGCAGAAAUGGGGGAACAUGUUUCGACAAUCACAACUCGUACACGUGUUCGUGUUUAGCGGGAUUUUCAGGAAUCAACUGCGAAAGUAAGUGAAGUUGAAAGUAAUGCAGCUAGAAUGAAGUGAUUUUUUCGCGACAUAAUCUCUGUUUGGUUCUCGCAGUCUCCAAUAUAUGGCAUCAGAAAUAUGAAAUAAGCACUGACAUAGCUAGCAAGUGGCAAUCGACAACCAACGGAAAAGAGCGUCUCUCUUAGCAUAUCCACAUGUGAAUAUACAUGUACAUAAAUUUUAAUAUUUCAUGAAUGGUUUGGCGUACUAUUAUACAAUUUAUUAUCAUUAUAUUUGCAAAAAAAAACAAGCGAAUAAAAAACAAGUGUUUGAUCGUAGCGUAAACGUAGUUCAACGAGUGUAUGUUACGGAGCCGUAAGCAAGAGGCUGUAGCAAGUCUUUGCUGAAAUUCGCUAGGUGUUCUCAAAGAGGCCAUGUAUCAAUUUGUUCACGUUUCUCUUUCAGCAAUGGUGUCAGUUUGUGACUCUAACCCUUGUCUUAAUGGUGGUUCGUGUCUCAACCAAGGACCUAACAUUUACAAAUGUGUUUGUCCUCACGGCUUCCGCGGAAAGAAUUGUGAAAGUAAGUUGUCUUUGGAUGUAGGCAAGUGUGUUGUCGUGUCCUUCACGUGAACAAAACAUUGCUACAGUAACAUAGCAUUGGGAAGGCCAUACUCAUUAGGAAAUUGUUUCACAGUAAAAUGACUGUAUGGAUGAUUCGGCUCCGGCUGAAAGUAGGGGUCCCCAAUCAAUGUUAUAGGCGAAAGGUUCAUUGGUUACAUAGCUUUUCCUGCUCAUAUGUUUUAACUCGGUUUUCCUUUUCAAUUUCACAAACGUCAAGUCUAACCAGCUUAGAUUUUUAACCAUGCCCUCAACUUGCACUUUGGGCGUUUAUCCUUUGCCAUUAGAAUAAUAGUAAUAAUUUAUAAACUUAUUCAACGCAUGCUGUUAGGUACAAACUAUAAAAACCUGUUCUCUAAAUGAUGUCUGAUCUAAUCCUUGAGAUAAUUAUCGUCUAAAACUCUUUUCUUUCAUAUAAAUACAAUUAAAGGUAGGAGAGAAAACCUCCCAAAAUUGUGCUUCGUCCGGGCAGUAAGGUAGACGAACGAAUGAACAUGAAGUCAGGAGUGAUUUGGAUACAUGCACUUAAAUUUUCAUACGUCGUUGUCUUAUCUCCCAAAGGCGAGAAAAAAUGUGAGCCUAACCCGUGUCAGAACAGUGGAGUCUGUAGAGAACUUAUAGAGGACGAAGAUUACAAAUGUGAAUGUUUACAUGGAUAUAGAGGCAAGGAUUGUGAAGGUGAGUUAAUUGGAUGUAUUUCCCCAAAUUCUAAAGGCUUUUAAAAACCCUUUAGUGAUAAUUCUGUGCAACAGAAAUUUGUCCCAGUUUGAUUCUGUUGUUGUUGUUGUUGUUUUUUUUUUUGCAGAGGAGAUUAACCUGUGUGAAUCAAAUCCGUGCAUAAAUGGUGGCACAUGUUCUAUGUUAGGAAGUUCAUACCACUGUCUUUGUGUCGAAGGAUUCAGGGGAAUAAAUUGUCAGGGUGAGUUGAAAAGCAAUUGAAUUGAUAUCGACCAAAUUUCCACAUUUGCUAUCGAGCCGCUCUUUUUACCUAGUAAGGCUAAGUCAGUUUACCACUCAGGCAGCCCAUGGGUCAAGGAGCCUAUGCCUUUUUUUCUUAGAGUAAAGGGAUAUGGCUUGUUGCUACUACCGUGUUCCUAGCAGAACGGGUUCGUCGUGGGUCACCAUGCUCAUAAGAGCUCGUGGGUACCAAUUUCUAAUAUCGGUGGCGACGAACUCACUGAGAGUUAUGCGUCUUGUCCAAGAACACAACGCUUUGAACCAGUCAGGGAUUGCAAAAUUUGCGACCCACAGGCCAGGCCAUAAACAGUUAGGCCCUUUCUUCUUUACCAGAAUUCCUUAUCCAAUAGCUAGCCAGUCUAAAAUCAACAAAAUCGACUGUUUAACAGAGCCGGAUAGAUGUCACGCACUUCCUUGUCAAAAUGGUGGAUCAUGCUAUCAGGAAAUCACCGGGACAUACAAAUGUCAGUGUCCAGAGGGAUUUAGAGGUUUCAAUUGUGAAGGUUAGUAUGUGUUAGUGCUUUGAAUAUAAAUCCAACCAGAGAAAUGCUUUACGCUUGCCGAAAACCUUUUGUAAUCUGCGGAGCAGAAAUCCACGUGGGUUUACCAGGCUUGGACUUUGAAAGAUGUGUCAUGUGGUUGAGCUGAUCAAAAAACAUUUCUUACCUCGGCCAAGAUAUCGAUCGAAUACCUUUCAAUUUUUGAUAUGCAACUCUGCAGGACGUUAAAUCUUUGUCAUUUACCCCCCAUAUUUUAGAGGAGUUGAAGUGUCAUUCCAACCCAUGUCAAAAUGGUGGUACCUGUUUUGAGAACAGUGGUGGUUAUACUUGUACAUGCCAACCAGGUUACAAAGGGAUCAACUGUGCAGGUAAUAAGCUUCAAUAAAAUCUACGAUUUGCCAUAACAAUGAAAAAGUGAUGAGUAACUACAUCUCAACUUUAACUUCAUCCCAACUCUUUACUUUACGAUCUUUACCAAUACAUUUGUUUUCAAGAGAAGAAAAAAAACUUAACUUUAAAGGUCGGCAUACAUCAUGCAAGAACUGAUAAAAUCUGUAAUGAACCCCUCCUCUAGAGCGUGACAACUGUCACCCUAAUCCCUGUCAUCAUGGUGGCGUAUGUGAGAUCGACGGCGAAGACUUCACUUGUUCCUGUUCGUCGGGGUGGACUGGAAUCACGUGUGAAGGUAAGUUCUUUGGAACAUUUUUUAACAGUGGGUAAUACAUGGACGAUCGUGCGGACAGACACACGGACGACCGUGACUGGCUGCCUACAUGGACGAAACGAGAUGCAAGCAGUACACGAAGGAAAAGGUUGAUUACUCUAAAAAAUCAUGUCUUCCCUAUUUCGGUAGAUGAAGACCACUGUCACCCGAGUCCUUGUGAGCACGGCGGAGUUUGUAUAGCAAAGGGAGCAUCCUAUGAAUGUCACUGUCCCAUACAUUGGACGGGAAUUAACUGUGAAAGUAGGAGCUCUUUUUUAUAUAUCCUUUAUGAAAAAGGUCGAUCACUUCAAGUCCAGUCCAUUAUCAAAUUAUGGGAGCAAAAACUCCUUAAUUCUGUAAACCAUUACAACAGAGAAAUUUUAAUACGCUAUCAAAAAUAAAUUCAUCUAAUGCGAAACUAAAACAAACACUGGUGAUUUGUCCACUCCUGUUUUCCCGCAUUUUAAACGGUUUUUCACUUUCACUUUGAGUCGUCAUUGGCUCAGCUUUGGCUGCUAGUGAUGCUUAACUUUAUUUUGAUUGGCUGUAGUGAAACUUACCUUUAUUUUGAUUGGCUUUAGCGAUAACUUUGGUUUUGGUCUUGCGACACUCAAUCGAAAUUCACUUUAAUGACAUAAGUCAGCCAUCGCUAUCAAUAACGACACUCGAGAGCUUUUUACAUGUAAAGCCGGAGAAGCUUCACCUUUGCCUGCGUCAAACAGGAUAUUUAUAAAUCUUUCAUAAACUUGAGAUGAGAUAUAAUUUAAGGCAGUUGGAGAUUGCCAAAUUUUUCCAUUGCAACCGAUCAAGUUAGGAACGUUGACCUACUGUGUUUUUAGUACCACUGUAUAAAUAUUUAUCCACUGCUCUGUUUAAAUCUUUCACAGCACCCUCCACAAUAGCUUACGCAGUGGCCAACACAUGCGCUGCCACCACCUACGGCUGCUGCCCUGACGGGAAGACACCAGCUGCAGGACCUCACCAGACAGGCUGCCCAGGUAUAGAUUUUACCUUAGCAAACGCGACUUCAUAG